UAGGGGCAGCUUUCCGUUUGUUUUCUACCAGUCUGCACUAGUUUGAGCCAUUGCUUAGAAGUGUCUAUUUACCAGAAUAGCAGUCAUGAAGGUCGCCGUCGUUCUCGCCUGCCUGCUGGUGGCAGUCGCUGCCAAGCCCCAGUUCCGUGGAUCUCAUCUCGGAGGACUGGGCGGAUUUGGUGGUGGAUUUGGCGGAAAUGCUGGCGGAAACGCCCAGUCUGGCUCCAUCCAAGCCCAGUCGACCGGUCCUUUUGGCGGCACCAGCCAGAUCCAAAAGAGCAGCUCGAGCGCUGGAGGAUUUGCGUCUGGCCCGGGAUCGGCCUCCUUCAACAGCGCCGGUAGCACUGUCGGACAGAGCACUGGUCUGUUCGGAAGCGACCAGUUCGCCAACAACCGGGCGACCAGCAACCAGUUCGGACGCUAGCCUCCAAGAACUGGAGUUUCGUGAAAGGCAUCGGCGAAAACGCACGGAUAGAGCAAACUUAUGCAAGCAUUUCGAAUUAGCAAAAUGUGUGGGUCAUGUAGUGCGGCCAAAAAUAUUAUCGACAAUAAACGUUUCAUCUUGGGGCGAA